AUGGCGCCAACUUCAAAAUCAUCGGCAAUUUUUACACUCGAAGAUGUUAAAGCGUCUUUCAAUAUUUUCUGCUGCGUCUGCGGUAUCGGUUCAUUAGGAAUGCCAGCUAAUUACGCUCGUGCCGGUUGGGUCUAUGCUACCAUUGCAAUGGUAUUCAUGGCUUUUGCAAAUAUCUAUUCGUCCGUUCUGUUGUCCAAGGUGCUUCUACAAGCUCCAGCUUCCGUGCGGACAUAUGGUGAUCUAGGCGAGUGGGUCGCUGGAAAGGGAGGACGAUUCCUCGUCGUCACGUGCCAGAUGGCUGUGUGUCUCCUAUUACCUUGUGCGUUUCUUGUGCUUGGAAGUUUAUUAUUGGAUGUUCUGUUUCCGGACUGUUUUAGCCAGUCAGUGUGGAUCAUCUUCAUGGCCAUCGUUGUUGUUCCCGUUGCAUUAGUUCCUACCAUGAAGGAAAGCACUAGCAUGGCACUUGCUGGUUGCUUGGGUACGAUUGUUGCUGACUUAAUUGGCAUCAGUAUCCUCUUAUACGAAAUGCGCGGACAUCCGUCACCACCUAUCGCUGAUGUUUCGGCUCACCAAGUCAUAACCACUUUCGGUAACCUUUCGCUUGCGUAUGCUGCUGCUACUGUGAUUCCGGACCUUCAACGUCAGCACUCGCAGCCCGACCACAUGCCCCGUGUUAUCAUUGUUAGUUUGGUCGUCUCUUCAGUCUUCUUUGUCGCCGUUGCCAUUUUGGGAUACAUUGCGGGCGGGUGCCAAAUGUCUGGUAACCUCCUCUUUUCUGUCACCAACACUUCCGACCCGUACGCGGCAACAAGUCUUGGCUUCACGUCUUCACGUGCUGCUGUGGUCAUGGCCUUCAUCUUCAUGCAAAUGCAUCUCUCAGUUGCCUUCUGCUGCUUCCUGCACCCUGCCUUUUAUAUGUUUGAACGUGUGAUUCUUGGAAUGCAUGCGCCUACUAGUACCGAGGAGAAUGCUUUGCCGAACGAAAAGGUCUCGUACCUUCCCGCGUCCACACCUGCAGAAGUCGAGAGUAACGAUCGUAUUAGCCGCUUCAAUGUCACCAGUCGUAUGUCUGUGCCCAAUACAUUGGUCGCCGAAGAAGAUUUGUCCGAGUACAAGGGUAGUGCCAACGUCACUCGGUAUAUCUUGCUGCGUAUCACGUUGAUUGCCGUAUUGGUCGUGCUCUCUAUCCUGCUUCGCGACAACUUUCUUAACCUUACUGACUUUACAGGAGCGACUGCUAUCACGACGUCGAGUCUCAUUUUGCCUUUCAUCUUCUACGUGAAGGUUUUUUGGAACAAGAUCUCGGUGUGGGAAAAGCUUCUAUGCCUUACCAUUACUAUCAUUUGUACGGCUGCUGGUAUCUACGUUAUGAUUGACGCCGGCAAGAAUCUUUUUAAUCCCGUCGAGGAGGAUGUGACGUUUCCAUUUUGCUCGGCAGAAUUUCAAGAGGAACCGUAUUAUGUCAGGAAUGAUACGAUCUAG